AUGUUGUCAUUCUGUCCGUUGUGCAAUAAUAUGCUUCUGAUAGCCAGUGCUGACAGUGGAGUUUAUUCCCUCUCCUGUCGAUCGUGCCCUUACGAGUUUCCGAUCGAAGGAAUAGAAAUUUACGACCGUAAGAAACUUCCCAGGAAAGAAGUGGACGAUGUGCUUGGCGGAGGCUGGGAUAAUGUGGAUCAAACCAAAGUUCAAUGUCCCAACUACGAUAAUUGUCAUGGUGAGAGCGCGUACUUUUUCCAGUUGCAGAUUAGGUCGGCAGAUGAGCCGAUGACGACCUUUUACAAGUGUGUUAACUGUGGCAAUAGAUGGAAGGAGAACUGA